CCGAAAUCAAGCGGUAAGUAUAAUAUCUUGCUCGGCAACUGAUCUCCCAUACGGUGAUCGUACCUGGAUAUUGUAGGGAUGACAUAACGUGAACGGCCAGCUGCGGUAUCGUGUCUCCUGAUAUUGGCAGACCCCCUCCUUUCAUAAUGUAGGUCGUACUGUUCCAUCUUCUCACAGUACAAUCGCUUCCUUUAGUCCGUCAACACUUCCACUUCUCUGAUCUAUCAACACUGAAUCACAACACAAACUUCUUCCCUUCAGUGAUCAUAUGGAGAAAGCUACUAUACUCGAAUAUACAUUUAACGAGAAAGUCAUCAACGACGCGGAGGGCGUCUUCCCUAUUAUCCUCCCUCCAGAUGCUGAGAUAGGAUCCGGACCUGGCUCGUCAAGAUCCGUUCAUCUGGGACCAUCGGGCGGUUUCCAAGCAGACAUCAGCAAAGUUCCUUGCGGAGAUGUCAGCAAAUUCCACGUCAACAUCAUCUUCAACUUGAACGAUGAAUUCGACGGCCGUCAAGUCCUCGCAGAGUGUGAGAAAAUCCCCUUCACGCUGGAACUGAUCGGAGGCGGAGGCUCUGUGAGGCUGGUCGGGUCUGUCUGCAGUGUUACUGUAGACUGGAGAUCUACUGAAUCCUGGCACUCGAAUAUUCGAUCCGGAAUUUGGCACUCCGCUGACUUGAUCUACGAUGGAGAAACGCUGACACUAUUCCUGGACCGUCGCAUUGUCGCUUACCACAGCUUCGGUGCAGCGGGCCAACUCUCCAUUGAGCCUGCCGCACGCAGCCUCCUCAUCGGUGGCCAGGAUGGCACUGCCUUUGAUGGGAAGAUCGCCAGCUUUAAACUCUCUCGCGAAAUCCCAUACGACCUACAAUGUCUCGCUAACCACCUCCGAACAACCCCGGAAUGGCACAUCACCACCAAGCUCGAGAUGUUUCGGAAUAUCUUCGACCUUGGCCUUCCGACCGCACCAGUCACCAAAUUGACUUAUUUGAACUCCUGGUGGCAAACUUAUACUCAUGGAGCGGUGAUGUACCAUAGUGGCACUGCUUUCGAGAUGCACGGCGAAGUUUUAGCCUGCUAUAACAAGCUUCCCAAAUCCACAAAGCAGUCGCUGGGCUAUUUGAUCAGCGACGAACAGCCCACAAACACACCUCCAGGUAGGAAAUCUGUCUUCCAAGGCGGCGCAAUCUACUUCUCCCUCGGAACCGGUGCGCAUGCAGUCGUAGGGGAACUUUACCAUGCCUUUGAAGCCACCGGCGAAACGCAAAUCUGGGGCUUCCCCAUUGACGCAGCGUUACCCGCGAAUGGAGGGCUUCUCCAGCAAUUCCAGAAAGCAACUUGGUAUUUCCAACACGGUGCAAAGCAUGCUCAUGAAGUCCACGGGGAGAUCUUGCAAUCUUUCGUUCGCAGCGGUGGUCUUGGCCGAUGGGGCUACCCAGUCUCAAAUGAAAUGGUUGUGCAUACGAAUAGUGUUCGUCGCGAUGUGCGUCGCUCAGAAUUCGAGCAUGGCAGUUUGUACUGGAGCGCUGCGACAGGGGCUCAUGCCAUCCAAGGCCAUAUCCGGAAGAAGUGGAUGGAGUUGGGUGGUGCGGAGAUGUGUUUUGUGCAAGAGCUGGGAUUGCCGAAGACGGAGGAAAUGGAGGUCCCAAAUACAGAUGGAGCGGUAAUGCAGGGGUUUGAGCAGGGGGUUAUUAUGUGUCAUGGUGCGGAAGCAGUGAUCGUAGUGUACCCUUUUAAGAUCUUUUUGAAGAGCCUAAAGACGGCGGCAUCGGAGCGCGGAGGUAAUGAUGUUUAUUUCACGGCGAUGGUGAAUAAUGGUGAAGAGACGGUUUUUUGUCGCCGGUACCCAGAGGAUAACUCAUUCCCGAGGGCGGAAGAGGUCGAAGUUGGAGUCGAGUUGCCGGUCUUGAUCAAGCCUGAGCCCGAAAUACCUGUCGUGCUGACGGUAGAUGUCUGGGACCAUGGGGAUGUAGGCGAACAUGUGCAUCUUGGAAAGUGGGUGCAGAAGCUGGAUGCUAGUAAUGCAUGGGGAAUAGCGAGGAAUGGAAGACUUGAGGGCAGAGUGGACAAGGUGAGCAAAAUCGUAGCAGAGAUCAGACCGACGGUGGAGUAUUUGUAUCAUUAAUGGUGGCCCACGAAAAGGCGUUAGUUCUAUCGGUGUCUCCCCUUUUCAUUCUCUUUUCGAGGUUCUCUAUGGAGUUUGAUGGUCUGGAUGGAAACACUAGCUUCUUUUGAUCCACGAAUCUCAGUCACAAAUAUCUCAAUUCUGCAAAGGUGGCUUCCUUUAUGACUUUUCUACGAAUACGCUCUCCUUGACUACUCUCCUCUUUCUGGUUCACUUCUUGCAGUCCAAACCAUUCUGAAAAUUUCCUCACAACUUUCCCCCAAACCUCCCCAACCCCACCCCCAUCUCCUCAACCCCUAUCUCACUCGUACAAAGAAUAAAC